GGGCGGCCCCCGAUGCUGCGCACUGUGUCCGUGGCGUCGCUGCUGUUCCCGGGGCUGUUCGCGCUGGGCGCCGCGGGGCUCGGCCGGGCGCGGCCCCGAUGGACCGUCGCCGACUGCGUCCUCGUCAGCGCCAGGUUCGUCUCUUCGGUCCAGGCCGUCCUGGCUACCGUGUCUGGGUUAAUUGUCGUCUUCUCCUGCACCGAUGUGAUCACUCACAGGCACUGGCUCGCUCGCGAAUACGUUUGGGUCCUGAUCCCCUACAUGAUCUACGACACUUUCGCCAUGUACCUUUGCCACUGGCACAAGAGCAAUAACCAGGACCAGAAAUACUCCCUGAGCAGCGUCAAGGACUUCCUGCGCAGAGAACGCCUCAUGGUGGUGCACCACGUCUUCAUCUUGGUGGUCCUGGUGCCCGUUGCCCAGUACCUGCGGGGAGAACUUGGAGACUUCUUUGUGGGCUGCAUCUUCACGGCCGAGUUGAGCACACCAUUUGUGUCUCUGGGCAAAGUUCUCAUUCAGCUGAAGCUGCAACACACCCUCCUGCACAAGGUGAACGGAGGCCUGAUCUUGGUGACCUUCUUCACCUGCCGCAUCCUCCUGUUCCCCUUCAUGUACUGGUCCUACGGCCGGCAGCAGGGGCUGCCCCUCCUGCAAGUGCCGUUCCACAUCCCUUUCUUCUGCAACGUGGCCAACGCUUUCCUCAUCGCCCCCCAGCUCUAUUGGUUCACGCUCAUCUGCAAGAAGGGUGCCCGCCUAUUCGGCUCCUCCCCGGGGAGCAAGGAGCGAUAGUAGCAGUGAGGCUGGGGCAGCGGGCCGUGGGGGGUGGCCACCCGGGCGUCCCCGUGCCCAGCGGUGCUCCGUGGACCAGAGCCGAGCCCCACAGAGCCUCGUUCUGGGGGAUUGCUUUUGGACGGAGCUGCUGCAGGCCCCUCCCCUGGUGUGGUUCGGGGGUCCGCCCCGGCCCGACUGCAAAAGCACUUUGUCCCGGUAACAGCUGUGGCGUCCUGUAUCUUUUAGCGGCUAAGAUCUGCCAGCAGCAAGAUGGUGUUCGCUCAAUCCCGAUGAGGCUUCACUGGGGUUGCCCCGUAGGGCCGCGUCCCGAGGGCAGGGGAAGGAGGGGGUCAGGGGUCAAGGGUCAGCCGACCACCAAGCUCAGCUCAGUCCACUCAGCCCCGGGCUGAUGCGAUGAUGCCUAAGCAAGGGGCCGCCUGCCCACUCACCCAGGGCGCUAAAGCAAACUUCGGGUGAGUGGAAAUAAAAUGCUGACUUCAUUCCCCCGUUUGAAGUGCCAGGGAUCUCCUGGAGGGGAGGGAGAUGAGCUAGGAUGAUAUCUGUGUGUUUCCUAGACGGCCGGACUCCGGAGCGGGAGGACCCUCCUGGCCUGCCCUACUCCACACUUUUGGGAGGGGGUGUCCCCAUGUAGCACCUGCCCCGGCCUUCAGCCCCGGUGCAGCUCUGACCACCCCUAGUUUCCCUCAGCACUCUCCCCCCGCCAUCCUACGCCCUCCCGCACAAGGGAAGGGGAGACAAAGUGUAGACACUGGCUGGGCUAUGCCGACUUAGCCAGCUGACUUUACGGGUGUCUCCCAACUCGGGGCAAAAUCUCCCCGACACCCAGAAACACUAUUCCCUUCCCUUCCCAGCCUCCUCCGAACCCCAGAUCCCAGCCUCCUGGGUCCGCCUGUCAGGAGCACCCGUUAGGCCCGAGCUGAGAGCAGGGUCUCUGCCGCCACAUCCCAGGGGAUGUAGUGAUGGGAGGGGCCGCCCCUCCGCCAUCACCUUCCUCCGCACGGAUGCCAACGGGUCCGUCUCUUGCGACCGACUCUUCCACACCCCAGGAUCCUCACAUGUGAACUGUAGACGUACCCCUCCUCCCUGCCCCACGAAGCCGGACCCCUCGCCAGCAAGUUCUUUGCGGCCUAAACCUGCAAUCAGACGGGUGUGCUUGCAGGCCUCGAGCGGAAAUAACCACUGGGAGAGCCCUCCCCCUUAUGAGGUAACCAGCCCUAUCCACUCCCCACCAUCGUCGCACACAAAGCUCUAGUGCCAACACUAAACAGCUCUCGGAAGGGAGGAUGCGUUUGAGGAAUGUUCAGUGGUGAAGUGUUUUUUUUUAAAAGCUAGGGUAUUUUUUUAAUGGUGUUGUCUUCUGUCUCAGCGGUGUCUUGUUUUUUCCCAGCGAUGGUGCUUAGCAGUAAUAAUGUUGUUCCGCUUUCGGAUUACUGCCAUGUUAGUACCAGCCUAAUUGGUGCCGUUCUUUUUCAACUUGUGAAAUGGUGUACGUGUUGCUGUCUCGUGACCGGUAAUCUGUCUUAAUGAAAAACGAAAAGGCCUCAUGGUAAUACAAUUGCACUAAUGUUUCCUUUCUUGCUACACCCAUUGUUAAGGAGACCAAUAAACGUUUCGUCUUGGAACCAUCCACUUAAUGAAGGUG